CGUUGUGCGUUGUUUGAGGCCAAAAUAUCUGUUCACUGAUUAAAGAUAAACACAGAGACAGGGAUUCCAGAACCAGCGAUGAAACCUCAAACAAAACAAAACUAAACUAAACUAAAUUAAAAGUAAAAACAAAACAUGUUGGUUUUUCAAAAUCAAUGGCUGUGUCUUCCUCUCACUCAUUCCCUUUUCUCCAAGUUACUUCCCAGAACAAAACAUGCAGCAACAGUGUUAUCCCCAAGACUAUGCCCCGUUUGGUGUCAUUCAGUAGCUCGUGCCACCACUCUGCCCACUUCUCCAGGUGGGGCGGAGCAGGUUGUGGACAGUUCGUUUGAUGCACCUAAAGUGAAAUUAUUGAAGCAGAAAAUGGAACUUCUUGGUAUCAACUUGGAAAAGUCUUGUUUGCCUGGGAAGUACCAUAACCUGUUUUGUCCAAAAUGCAAAGGUGGGCAGUUAAAGGAGAGGAGUUUGUCUUUUCACAUUAUCUCUGAUUGUGAAUUUGCAAUGUGGAGGUGUUUUCGAGCUCAAUGUGGUUGGGCUGGUCAGGUUUCUGCAGAUGACAAGGAAUUGUACAGUGGGGUUUGUACUAAUGCCAAUUUAUAUAGGCAAUUAGCAGAGGAGAGCUUAGGAUUGGAACCACUUGGUCCUGAGGUUGUUGCUUAUUUUGGAGAGAGAUUGAUAUCAGAGAAAACCCUGAGCAGAAAUGCUGUAAGACAAUUGUCUAACAAUAAGACUGUCAUUGCUUUUACUUAUAAACAAAAUGGGUUGCUUGUUGGUUGCAAGUACAGAACAAUGGAGAAAAGAUUUUGGCAGGGAAAAGGCGCGGACAAGAUACUGUAUGGAAUAGAUGACAUUAGUCAAGCCUCUGAGAUCAUCAUUGUUGAAGGGGAAAUUGAUAAACUUUCACUCGAGGAGGCUGGCUUUCAGAAUUGUGUUAGUGUUCCAGUGGGUGCACCAGAAAAGGUUUCUUCAAAAGAUUUGCCACCAAUUGAAAAGGACACUGCAUUUCGAUACCUGUGGAACUGCAAAGAGUACUUGGAUAAGGCAGUUCGCAUUAUCCUGGCAACUGAUAAUGAUCCACCAGGUCAAGCUUUAGCGGAAGAGCUGGCACGGCGCCUUGGGCGAGAAAGAUGUUGGAGAGUACUCUGGCCAAAGAAAGAUGAAUUCAGCUCUUUCAAAGAUGCAAAUGAGGUUCUCAAAUACAUGGGAGCUGAUGCUUUGAAGAAAUUAGUUGAAAAUGCAGAGCCAUAUGCAAAUGCCAAUUAGGUAAUUUCAUCUAUGAAAGUGGAUAGAUUUCAGUGCUCAUGAUGAAAACCAUGCAUAUGCCUGAACUACUACAAAAGUUUAGUCAUACAAAAAAAUGUAAAGUAGUGUGACCAUAUUCGUAUUAUUUUUAAUUAAAUUGGGUAUCGAGAUAUCUCAUUUAUUUGGUGGCUAAAUUUUAGUUGUUUAGUGUCAGUAUUUCAAGUGUAUGUGGGCAGUGUGUUAUGAGAUUUUAAUUGGGCUCUUUAAGGGUCAGAAAUGAAAUACUUUUGACUAUAUAUGACCUUCAGAAUAGCAUCUUAAUCAAAUGAUUAUUUGCAAGUCA